AUGAACCCAUUCUCCAAUCGGGUCUGGAUGGGUGAGCCUAAAAUCAUCUUAGGAGUUGACAUAGGUACAACAUCCAGCGGCAUCUCAUAUGCUUAUCUACUUCGAGGGUAUGUCUUACUAAACUUGUCAUUCGACCCACCAACCCUUUGGCACAGCCAACCACCCACCAUUGGUAGGGUAGGCGACUGGCCUGGUCAGGAAGCCCAUAUGGAUGAGAAAAAGGCUGUGUCGUUUGGUGCCGAUUCGUUAAGCGCGGAGACGGAGGAUCGGGCGGAAGAUGAAGGUUGGGUCCUUGCAAAACAUUUCAAGCUUCAUCUGCAUCCUUCCACGUUGACAAAGGCUCAUGACCUUCGUGUUGACCCACUCCCUGGAGGGAUACCAUUGUCAACGAUAUACCGCGAUUUUUUUCGUUUCUUGGUUGAUCAUACCAAGGAAGUCUUCCGUAAUCGUGUUCUUGACGGAGGGCUUGUCUGGGAACGACUGUUUCCAACAGCGGAUGUUGUAAUGGCUCAUCCGAAUGGAUGGGGCUUCAGGGAGCAAGACUUCAUGCGGAAGGCAGCCAUUGACGCGGGGAUCAUUUCGCCAUUUGACGCGGACUCCCAUCUUAUUUUCGUAGCAGAAGGGGAAGCCAGCGUCCACUACUGUUUGCACCGCGCAAAUCUUUCGGCUCAGUUUCAUCCAAGUCUCAGUUUUGUUGUUUGCGAUGCUGGUGGUUCAACCGUGGACACAACAGCAUAUGUGGUUGACGCAGUCAACCCGUGUCUCCUGAUGCAUGAAGUGAGGGCCUCGUCUUGCGUCCAAGCCGGCGGUGUAUUCGUAGACAAGGGGGCCUCCCAGUAUUUCAACAAAUUAUUAUCGAAUCCUGUAACACAGCUGUGUGAGGAUGAGGUAUCCGAUUAUGUUAAGGCCGCCACAACGGAUUUCGAAAGUAGUGCCAAGAAGGCGUUUAAGAAUCAGUCAAGCACUGCAAAUAUAGCAGUCGGACAAAGUCGUCUCAACAUCGAGGCUGCUGGAGUAAAGCGUGGUAGAAUCAAAGUGGAUGGAUCCGUUAUCCAAUCAUGGUUCAAUCCUCUGGUUGAUCAGGUCGUACAAUCUCUCUAUGAGCAGAUGCUGGGGACCGCCUGCAGAUACGUUCUGUUGGUUGGUGGCUUUGGCGAGAACGCUUACCUUCGAGAAAGAAUCCGUGCGACCUUCGAAUCACGAAACUGUCAGGUCGUCACAUUAAAUGAUUCAACGUGCAAAGCAGUCUCAGACGGUGCUGUCAUUUGGCGUAUCUCAUGCUCGGUUAUCAAACGAGCAGCCCGUUUUCAUUAUGGAAUCAUUGGGAGUCAUGUUUUUCGGCCUUCAGACCCUCUCCAUACUGGCAGACCCGUUUACAAAGAGGUUGAAGGUGGGCUUUGGGUCCAAGGAGUCUGGUUCCCGAUAGUAGCUAAGGGUUCCUUAUUCUCUCCCGAAGAAAGCGUGGCUAAAACAUUCCACUACAUUUACAAAUCAAGAGAGGACAUACCAAGAACGAUCACGAUGCAGCUGUAUGCCUUCGCACCACCCGAUGUGAAUCAACCCUAUUGGGCAAUGGACCUAAAUGGCAAUCUUCUUCCGGGCUUUGAGAAAGUUUGUACAAUUACCGCCGAACUCGGAAAUGACUAUUCUUCUGUUGGAGAGCAUCGGGAUAGUCAAGGUAGGACGUUUUGGUCUCAGGAAUACAAAAUUAGAGUGGGAUUUGGGGGGACCGAAUUACAUUCACUGUUGGAGUGGACACAGGGAAGUAAGGUAUACCGAAGCAAGACUGUGAUGAUACCGAACUCGUUGGCAUAAUCUCCAACAAUGUAGUCCUCAUCGUUGUUCUAAUUUGUCAACUGGUGUAUUUUUUUGUGCAGGCAACAUUUGGACUUUUAUUCGUUAGCCGCGAUAUUCUACUGCGAGAAAAGAUGCUCUGUGGGAAGGCGACUGGGCGGAAUUAUGAUCGGUUUUCACUAGGUUUGAGCAAUUGACAUUGGAUACGAAAAUGUAGUCAUGAGCAAGACAUCACUGCUGAGUCGAUUAAAUAUUCUUUUC